CUUUUCUUCUUUUCUUCCUUUUUUUUUUUGUUUUUUUUUUCCUUGUCUAUCUCUCUCUCUAUCUCUCUUUAUUUUAUAUAAUGUAUAAAUAUAACGAACAGGAUAUUCAACCUUUAUUACUAGAAGAUAUUGAUGAUAAUCUAUCAACUUCAAACGAUAAUGAUAAUAUAAUACAAACUUCAGAAAUAUCUUUAUUUGAAGCUUCACAUCAAGGAUCUUUAGUAUUAAUUAGAAAUAUCUUGGAUUCAAAAAACGUCUCGGUCAACGAUACCGAUGCUACCGGGGUGUCGGCUCUUCAUUACGCUGCUUUGGGAAACCAUUCUACCUGUAUCAAGUAUUUAAUUGAUAGAGGUGCUGAAAUCAAUUUUAUGGGUGGUCAAGUACCUGCAACUCCUUUACAUUGGGCUGCUAGAUCUGGUUGUAUAGAUGCUGUUCAUCAACUUGUGAACGAAGGAGCAGAUCCACUCAUGGUAGAUGGUCAAGGAUAUAAUUCACUCCAUUUGGCGGUUCAUUCAGGCAACUCAAUUUUAGUCAUGUAUUUACUUUAUGGUGAUACCAAAUUGGACGUGGAUUCAAGGGAUGGAGAUCAACAUACAGCAUUGAUGUGGGCAGCAUACAACGCAGAUGAAACUUGUAUGGAUGUUUUAUUACGAUAUGGCGCAGAUGUGCAUGCAACGGACCGUGCGCAAUUGACCAGUUUGCAUUGGGCAGUGGCAAAAAGUGAUGUGGCAUGUAUGCGUAUGUUAUUAUCUCGUGGUGCUGCACUGGAUGUCAAGGAUGAACAUGGGAAAACGGUCAUUGAUUUAGUCAAAGAUAUGAAAGUGGAAAAAAAAUGGAAUCAAGCCGUCAGUCAAGCUCAAUCUCUCCUCUAUCCUGAAACAAAGAAACGAAAUGCUAUGAUCAUCCUUGGUUUACCUUUUGUGAUCUUACCUAUGGCCCUAUUGACUUUGAAUCAUUUCCCUUGGCAUAUUUCUGUAUUGAUGACUCUAUUAGAAGUAUUAUUGAUGCAUUUGACAGUGGUCCAUAUUUUAUUACCUGCACCCUUACCAGAAGAAUUGAUCAAAUCUCCUUACUUUACUGGUAUAUUUCAAUCCUCAGCUCUCUGGGUACUCCUUACCUGGGCUUGGACAGUUGCUAAAGGUACUUCACAUCUUUUGGUACUCAACUUUAUAUUCAUUGCCUCCUAUUUUGUUGCCAUGUCAUCCUUUUAUAAGGCGGUUUUAGUGGAUCCUGGGUUUAUCGAUCACAACAUUACCUUUGAUGAACAACGAGAUGUGAUAUUGGAACUAGCAAAUAAACAACAUCUUGAUCAGCGUCAUUUUUGUAUUACAUGCAUGAUUAGGAAACCUUUGCGAUCAAAACACUGCAAACGUUGCAACAGAUGUGUGGCCAAAUUUGAUCAUCAUUGUCCCUGGAUAUUUAACUGCAUCGGCGUACGAAACCAUCGACUUUUUAUUGUGUUUCUUCUCAAUAUGGUGAUUAGUAUCACAUCUUUUGUAUUUUUGUGCUAUCGGUAUCUCGACAAUUCCUCACCUUUACUUCAACCCAGUGAACCUAAAACUCAUAUCGACUCAAAGGCAUCGAAUGAGAAGACAACAGAUUUGAUCAUCGAUUAUACCUCAUGCAAAUUGGGUAUAACAGCUUGUAGUUUCUUUGCCUAUGAUGCAUUUACAUUCUCUUUGGCUAUAUGGUCAGCAAUACAAUUGAUAUGGGUUUCAUUACUGACAAUUGUACAGCUCUAUCAAAUCGCAGUUUCAAUGACAACAAAUGAAAAUGCAAAUGCUCAACGGUAUGCCUACUUACACCAACGCCAGCAAUCUCGUUGUCAUAUAUCACCACAGCAGAUGGAUAGAACAACUGAUCAUGAUGAAAACGAUAGUAUCUGUCUUCGAGGAAAGGUGCGGGGCAAUGCGUUUGAUGAAGGAUGUUGGAACAAUUGUAUAACUUUCUGGUCAAGGCCGUCUCCUAUAUGGUUCUCACUGUAUGAUAUCCCAAACAAGAAGAAAACAAGGAUGACUGGACACACUGUCAUGGAAUCUUCUUUGGAUCACCAAGUUUAAUUUGAUAUUACAUAUAUAUAUAUAUAUAUAUAUUAUUGUCACUAUAUUUGUAUUGUAUUCACCUGCUCUUUUUUUUU